UCGGCCUCGUCGUUCUCAAAGUACAGGCCACGAUGUUUCUUUUCAUUCUGAUCCUCGCCAUCACCGCUUACUUCGUCUCGCUUUCCAUUUCCGCCAACAACACUGUCUCUGAGGCUGAAUCAAAGCCUGCGGUAGCGCCUACGCCAAAGCCUAGGCUGAAGCCGACGCGCAAGCCGCUGUCUUCUCCACCUCCUCCAAAGCCGUACGCCGCCACACCGCCUACGAUCCAGGAGUUGGCUGAGUUGGAGGACCCCCAGUUCAUGAAGACGCACCCAUUUACGCACCCGGAGCUCUAUGAUAUAGACGGUCAAAUCCCUGGCGACAGAAACCAUCGUCCGUUCAUCACAUCGCGAAACAAGAUCCGUUGCUGGAAUGGCUACCAAUGGAUUGAUGAAGACUUCGGCUUCAAUACGGAGGGAUAUGGCGAGACGGCUGACGGCUACUUUGGACAGUGGGUCCCCUACCUGGAGGGUAACGAGACAAGUGGCUGGCGUGGUGGAGUGCGCUUCCAAUUUCGCGCCAGACCGGGUCCGCGUCCACCAGCUCCUGCCAUCGUCAAGCGCGCCUUGAUUCCAGCACACCGUUCGCCAGAGCCUGCCAUCAAUGAGCCUGAUUUAGAGCCAUCGUCCAAACGAGCCCCAGACACCUUCCCGAUCGUGCCGCAACUUGACACCUCUGCUGGUCCUGGUGCCACAUCCUACCCUCCCCCGCAACCUCAGCCUACCAUCCAGCAGGUUCAACUUCCUGCUCCGAUCCAGAUCGCCUUGCCGUUAGGACCACCACCGGCAGCCAUAUCCGUCGACUUGGGAGAGCUUCCGGACGCUAUCUGGUUCGAAGCGUCGUAUGUUCCAUCAUCAAUCGGCCUCCUUCCAGACCACAUGGUCCGCGCCUACAUCCUGGGCGAGAGGUGCCGCCGCCUGGCUGCGGAGGCUGCGCAACACGUCGCCGACCAGCUGGAGAUCGAGGCCAAGAAGAAGAAGAACGAGGAGAAGAAGCGGCGGGAAAUGGCCAUGGCGAAGGCGAGGAAGGAGAGAAAGGCGGUAAAUCGGGCUGGCGUUGGCUCCAUCUUCGGAGCUUCUACUUCUACUUCGGGCCCUUCGACGCAUGCUCCCAGGGCCACUGCGUCUGAUGUCGUCCCUCCGCGUCCCGCCACACCCCCUCCUCCACGUCCUGCUACCCCCCCUCCCGCUCGCCUCUCCGAAGAGGAGCAAAUGCGCGAAAUGGCAGCACUGGCGGAAGAACCUCUGCCAGACGACGACGACGACUCAUUCUAUGAAGAUUAGGCAACGGAUGCUGUAUUGGGUUUGCUUGGGGGGUACUUUGCCGGGUCUUUGCCAGUGUUUGAGUGGCCUCAGCUAAAAAGAUGUUUCAUGCUUUGUGGCAGUUCUGGCGAGCUUCUGACGAUGUUAGGAGGCUUACAUAGGUGCCUUAUGCAUAUCAGCUUCAAUAUGAAGCUGAAGAUCCAAUAUGGACUUAUUCGUGU